AUGAAGGAUGAUGAAGAAAAGCAUGCAGAUUCAAAACUUUAUAGGAGUCUUAUUGGAAGCUUCUUAUAUAUGACUUCUACCAGGCCAGAUAUGAUGUUUGCUGCUAGUCUACUGUCCCAAUAUAUGCAAUGUCUUAGCACCAAGCAUUUUGGAGCUGCUAAAAGGGUGUUAAGGUAUAUUACAGGGACAACUGAUUAUGGCAUUUGGUACAGAAGUGUGGAGAAUAGAGCUCUUAUUGGCUAUUCAGAUAGUGAUUGGGGUGGAUGUUUGGACAAUUACAAAAGCACAUAUGGUUACUCUUUUUCAUUUGGUUCAGGCAUUUUUUCUUGGAGCACAAAGAAGCAGGAUAUCGUAGCUCAAUCUUUAGCUGAAGCCGAGUAUGUGGCUGCUGCAUCUGCUAUAAAUCUAGGAAUUUGGUUGAGGAAAAUCUUGUUUGAAUUGCCAGAAGAACCAACAGUGAUCUAUGUGGACAAAAAAUCAGCCAUUACUAUGGCUGAAAAUCCAGUGUGA